ACACUUGCUAAUUAUAAAAGGGAUUGAGGGAGUUUAGUGUCACGUGAUAUAUAUAUAUAUAUCAACACCACCUGCAACAUUUUAUGAUAUCGAUCACUUUGUUUCUUUUCCAUUUCUAUAAAAAGGAGGUUCUCUCAGACGACCGGGAGCCUCGAUAAAAGGAAAAAGUAAACAAACAAAUGGUGAAGAGUAUGUUUAGCUCCAAGUAUGUGGCAUGUCUGGUUUCUUCUAUAAUUCUCAAUGCGUUGUUUAUUAUCAAUAUUUUUGUUGGUGGUCAAUGGAACCUGAGUUGGACCUCAAGAGCUGCAGCUGAAGCAGAAACUGUAGCAGCUAUAUCCUGUUCAGGGCAUGGAAGAGCUUACUUGGAUGGCUUGGUUGUUGAUGGAAAUGAACCAGUUUGCGAAUGCAACACAUGCUAUGCAGGCUCUGACUGCUCUCAGUUUAUUCCUGACUGCGCAGCAAAUGCUGAUGGUGGGGAUCCAUUAUUUUUGGAACCGUUCUGGAUGCGGCAUGUAGCUAGUAGUGCACUGGUAGAGGCUGGGUGGCAUCGAAUGAGCUAUACAUUUAAUGAUCAUACCUUUAUCUCAAAAGAGCUAGAAAGGAUCAUCCGCAAACUACACGCAAUUGUAGGGAAUGCAGUCACAGAAAACAGAUUUAUUAUUUUUGGUGCAGGUUCAACCCAAGUCCUUAAUGCUGCAGCUUAUGCACUGUCCCUUGAAAAUACCUCCUCAUCUACAGGAAUUGUAGCUUCAGUCCCUUACUACACGCUCUACAAAGGUCAAGCAGAAUAUUUUAGUUCAGCAAAAUUCAAGUUUCAAGGAGAUGCUUAUACAUGGAGGAAGAAGUCAGAUGCUAUCACAAAUAUGAUUGAGUUUGUAACAUCACCAAACAAUCCUGAUGGACGAUUAAACAAACAGAUUCUUCAUGGCCCUAAUGUCAAAACAAUUUAUGAUCGUGCAUAUUACUGGCCACAUUUUACACCAAUUCCAGCUCCUGCAGAUGAAGAUCUGAUGGUAUUUACACUUUCCAAGCUUACUGGUCAUGCAGGCAGCAGAUUUGGUUGGGCAGUGAUAAAGGAUGAAAAUGUCUUUAACAGAAUGACAGCACACAUAAACAUAAAUUCAAUGGGCGUUUCUAUGGAUAGUCAGUUAAGGGCCUUUAAGCUUUUGAAAGCAGUCUUAGAAGGAGAAGGAAAGGAAAUAUUUGACUUCGCAUACCAGACAAUGAAGGCCAGGUGGGAAAGAUUGACAAUGGCCUUAUCCUCGUCAAAACGUUUCUCUCUUCAGAAAAAUAAUCCUCAAUACUGCAUUUUUUACAAUAGAGUCAGAGAAUUUUCACCAGGUCUUGGUAUCAACAAUCGGGUCCUUGGGCACUACCUAUGACCAUCAAGGGAUCAAUUCACUCCUUUAGAACUUGAUUUUCUUAUAACCAUUAGCUGCUGCAAGAUCUUGAACUUGAUUCUGUUGUUUCAAGGUUCUACAACAUUUUUGCUACCUAUAAGAAUUUAGGUUUCAAUAAUGAUUGAGACGCAACUAUAGGACAAUGACACCAUAAAAUAAUACUUCUGAUUCACAACAGCUACAAAUCUUGUUGUGAACACGAUGUUAAAUGUAAAGAAAAACUCAGUUAAAUGUCACAUUCUGUUCUAUGAACUUCAAACAUUUAUGUCCAAAAGUCUUGUGUUGCAGUCACCUAUAUCUUCAUUCCAUCACCAUUUUACCUAUAUAAACAACUUUAAUCUUUGUUCUCCUACUGGAAUUGGAUGCUUAAGCUGGGAGUCAAUCAAUUAUUUAGCUAAAAAAAAUUCUAUUAACAUGUUUUCUUCUUGCCCAAGCAAUUAUCUUCAUGUUAAACUCUCAUUUGAGGUAUUAAAACAUCAACCCUUCACAUGAAUAGACCUUCUUAGAAUUCACAUUAAUUUUAUGCUCUCAACUCAUAUAUUCGAUGCUACAUAACCUACUAUUCUGGACGGGUCCAAGGAUGUAAUCAUUUCAUUUAUUCCUAUUUUUAUAUCAUUCUUACCAUUUCUCUGCAACCAUACAGAGCAGAAUGUCUUUAAAUACAAAGA